AUGCAUGGAUCUUUCGACCAUGCAACAAUCCUUGUAUUGUUGGUAUGCUCCAGAUUCCUUCAGCAGCAAGAAAACAUUCCAGAACGAAGACACAUUCCAGAACAAAUCGUCCUCGAAAUCUUGUCGCGACUACCAGUCCAGUAUCUACUGCAAUUCCGUUGCGUUUGCAAGGUAUGGAAAUCUUUGAUCUCCGAUCCUAAAUUCACCCUUUCGGCCCAAAAGCACCACCUAGCCAUUAAAGGUCGCUACUUAUACUCCAUAUCUCUAUCGAGGAGGAGAUAUCCUCGUGUCAGACCGUUGCUUAUUUACGAUGACGAGAGCGCGUCAGAGCGGUUGAAGAUCUUGGGUUCGUGUAAUGGCUUGUUUCUCGUCAUCCAUUACACCGAUUUCUAUUUGUGGAACCCUUCCAUAAGGCAAUCUGCCAUAGUUCUUUCGCUCAGGACGGACGAGUGGCCUAAGGACUUUUCUCUUGAUGCGUGUGCGUAUCCAUCUGGACUUUGUUAUGACUCAUUCACAGAUGAUUACAAGGCAGUAAUGGCGAAUGAAUUAGGAGAGGUCACUGUUGUUAGUUUUAAAAGAAAACUCUGGGCCACCACGACUUUACACUUCGUUGACAAGGGCAAUGGAUAUAUAUCACUUCCUGGACCCAAUGUGAAUGGAAAGUUGCACUGGGCAAUCGCUAAAUUUGGAAAUAAUCAUGUCACGUCUUUCAAUCCGCUUACGGACGAAUUUGAAGAAUUGCCAAUGCCACUUCUGCCAAACAAUGGAGAAGGAGAGCCUGUUAUAAAUGGUUUGGGAGUUUUAGACGGAUGUCUUUGUAUGGCACGCUGUGUGACUCGUGAAAGUGGUGCUGAGGACGUUGGACCCGGCUUCUUUGAGUUGUUAGUGAUGAAGGAAUACGGCGUAGGAGACUCAUGGACUAGGAUUUUGAACGUGUCUAAGGAUUUCACGAGUUUGUCACUCGGGACUUUGGUGCCAUUGUGCUUUACAAGCGAGGGAGAAAUUGUUAUUUCAGUGGCUCAUUUAGACAAAUUAUGUGCAUACAAUCUCGAGGACAAGUCAGAAAGAGAGAUUAGUGUCCCAUGCGAAGGUCCUAUAACAUAUCAAACUUCAUACACGGAGAGUUUGGUUUCACCCGAAGCCUAUGGCCAUGAGGAAGAUUGGAUUGUUGAAGCGCCAGAUUUCUUGAAAAGGGAAUGA